CUGCUCCUCAGCAGGUUCCCCAUCUCGCUUCUCCUGUCCGUGUUGCUCCGGCUCCGUCCCUUAGGCCGAGCCGCCCUCAGGGAGCUCCCGCUCCGUGUUCCGCGGCUCGGGGGCUGAGGUGUCGCGGCUGUGCAGCGACUCUGCCUGGGGCUGGCAGGGUGCGGACCCUCGGCCUCUUCACGGUGCCUGCGCUGGCUUUGUGUGUGCCCGCAGCCGGGGCAAGGCAGCUCCCGCAGCAGCCCCGCCGCCAGCAGCUGUUCUUUAUCGCCGGGCAGGUCCCUGAGGGAGUUACCCUGCCCUGAGGGUGUCCCGCUGCACUGAGGGUGUUUGUUGCACUCCGCUCGGUCCGGCGCUGCUCCUGCCCCACGCCAUCGGGGACAGCUGGUGUGGGGCUCAGGCUCAGCUCGCUGAUAGCGUUCAGCGAACGCUGUGCAACUUCCAUCGUUUAUCCUUGCAUCAUCCUUGAGCAUCAAUGAAAGACCAAGAAUGGCUUUCUUCAAGCAGCAGAAGGUGGAGGAUGUUUACGAGAUCGGGGAGGAGCUGGGAAGUGGCCAGUUUGCUAUAGUGAAGAAGUGUCGGGAGAAGAGCACGGGGUUGGAGUACGCUGCCAAGUUCAUCAAGAAGCGACAGAGCCGGGCCAGCCGGCGCGGGGUGAGCCGCGACGAGAUUGAGCGCGAGGUCAGCAUCCUGCAGCAGGUCCUGCACAGCAACAUCGUCCAGCUGCACGACAUCUACGAGAACAAGACUGACGUGGUGCUCAUCCUGGAGCUGGUUUCUGGAGGAGAACUUUUUGACUUCCUGGCACAGAAGGAGUCUUUGAGUGAAGAGGAAGCAACCAGGUUCAUCAAGCAGAUUUUGGAUGGUGUGAAUUACCUUCACUCUAAGAAAAUUGCUCACUUUGAUCUAAAGCCUGAAAACAUUAUGCUUCUAGACAAGAAUAUCCCUAUUCCACACAUCAAACUCAUUGACUUUGGCCUGGCUCACAAAAUAGAAGAUGGAGUAGAAUUUAAGAACAUAUUUGGAACUCCGGAAUUUGUAGCUCCAGAAAUCGUAAACUAUGAACCACUUGGACUAGCUGCAGACAUGUGGAGCAUAGGAGUCAUCACCUACAUACUGCUUAGCGGGGCAUCACCUUUCCUUGGAGAAACUAAACAAGAAACACUUGCCAACAUCACAGCUGUGAAUUAUGAUUUUGAUGAAGAAUUUUUCAGUAAUACUAGUGACCUGGCAAAAGACUUUAUUCGGAAACUGCUGGUGAAAGAUACACGGAAGCGGCUCACAAUUCAGGAAGCUCUGUCUCAUCCUUGGAUAACGCUGAAGGAUGAAAGCAAGGUGCAGGAGCCCAAGAAGGUGGACAGCACGCAGCUGAAGACCAAGCGCCUGAGGGAGUACACGAUCAAAUGCCACUCCAGCAUGCCCCCCAACAACACCUACAUCAACUUCGAGCGCUUUGCCCAUGUCAUGGAGGACAUUUCCCGUGUGGAGCGUGGCUUUGGUGCCCUGGCCGCAUCCCACAGCUCCCUGCAGGAGGACAUGGAUGCGCUGCUCUCCAUUUACAGUGAGAAAGAAGCUUGGUACCGAGAGGAGAGCGAGCGUGCGAGGCACGAGCUGUCCCAGCUCAAGUACGAGUGCCGCAAGGUGGAGUCCCUGAAAAGGCACCUGCACACCGAGAUCGCCGCCGUGGGCACCAGCCUGGCAGCUGUGGGUGGCAAAUACUCGGAGCUGCAGGGCCACUAUGAGUCCCUCAGGCAGGAGCUAGCUGCAGAGCUCACCUGGAUACAGGACUUCAUGAGCACUUUUCAGCUGCAAAAUGAGGCCUGUGUGAAUGGGAACUUUGUUUUCAACAGAGAUAUCAAUGAAUCACUCAUGGAGCUGUUAAAUAGAUCUUGCUGUGAAGAAUUCCUUGCAGGGUUGAAUCUUGAUGUGACAGAAUCCCAUCAGAAACACUGAGAUCAGGCUAAGCACAGGGUUUGUUGCUUGUUUCAAUGUACAUCAGUUUAAAAGGGUUCCAGCGCACAGAUUCUACACAGAAACAUGACCUAGAAUUAAAGUAGAAGUUCUGAUGUAUUACACAAGCUGCUGACCAAAGCUGUAAUCUCCCAGUGGUUUCUAGUUUUGAAGCUGGUUUUUUUUUCCAUAUUCGGUGUCUGAACUUGCAGGAACAAGAUUAUCAUAGUGGUAUGGACACAUCCAACAGCAAAGCCUUUGGUAUUGCCUCUGUUUUAUUCUGCAUAGUGUAUUACAGUUCCUAAUGAUUGCUAGGUAAUUAAUGUGGAAUAAAGAAUAAGUCAGUCUGUAUUUACUAGAAACUGGGUGCCUGGAAACUAAUAAAAAUCCCCUUAUGGCAUUUUGGUUGGCUAAAGGAAACAGCUGGGUAGCCCUGCUGCAGGCAGUUCCAUACACCUUAGGAGACAAAUAUUUGCAAAAGUUAAAUCUGUCCUGUAAAACAAAGCAAACGGUGCAGUGAUUUAACAUUUAACAAGUAAUGUGGAAAUCCUCUGUGAAAUGGCUGCCAAUGAAGACUGUUAGGAUUAGUGUUUAUGCCAGUUGUGCAGGGUGAACUCUUUUACCAUCAAAGGAAAGGUGAAUUUUGAACUAAAGGGUUAAUGGACAGCUGAGUUUCCUGUCCUAUAUCAAAGAUAUCCUAUUCCAAAGGCACCACUGAGAACUUGUAAUGAUCAAAUGAUGCUGUAAUUCUGCAGUGCAAAUGUCAAUUUGUGACUAAGUGGUAACAUAGUCCGCUGGCUUAUUUUCUACAGUGAAGAUUACAGAGCUACAACUAAUUUAAUCUGUGGUGUGGCAUUUGAAACUAGUGUUCUUACUACAAGGAUUUUUUUCCUUAGGUUUUAAAAAGUAAAGUUGACCUAACCUUGAAUCAUGGCCUGCUGUCUUGUAUUUCAAAGAAGUCAUUUAGUUAUACUGUAUUAAUAUGCACCAAUCUUGUUUUUGAACACAAUAAAUGGUUAUUUAUGCAGGAUGUAGUUGUUCCCUGAUAGUUAGUAACUGACAAAGAUGCCAAGUUUCUGUGGGCAUUUGCUGCAAGGUGACUGUUGUGCAAGUACAAGAGCCAGUGAGAUAAUAGCGCAAGUCCAGCUAGAUUGAUUCUAUAUAUAUAUAUAUGAGAGUAUAUCUUUCAGUGCCCCUCCUCCCUCCUCCUUUUGCAAAGAAGUUAAUGACCUAAAUAAACUGAAUUGUUGUUGUUGUUCCUAACACGAUUAAGAAUAAUCCUUCCUACUUUGAGAUAAAAAGAUAAAAGCAUGCUCUCCUCCAAUUUGUGCAGAGUACAGUGGACCCAUUACUGCUACAUGCUCACAAAGAUGUGCAGAGGCUGAUGAAAAUCAGUUGUGGAAACAGUUGUUCACUUGGAAUAUUAUUGUUCCUGUCAUUGUACAUGAAGGAGGCUGGAAACUCGAUGUGCUCUCUGUGGCAUUGUUCUUGGCUCAGUAUGUGAAGUUUUCAAAAGCUUCAAAGUAGUGUAGGCCAGAAUGUGACCCUGGCAGGCUAGCGUUGAUGGCUGAGGAGAAUUGGGCUCUACUGUGACAAAUAGCAUUGAGAAUUUUGCAUGUGUCCAUUUUUUAUUGUUUCAGAUGCUUCUGCAGGUUCCUUUGAGCUGGAAGACCCAUUAAGAAUUGCCAUGGGGAACUGUAACACAGGAUUUUAUUGUCAGGGGGAGAGAGCUUUAAUUCCUAAAAUGUAACUUAAGUGAAUGUUAGAAUUUGCAGCAAACACCCUCAAGAAAGAGAGCCUGCCUCUCCUCAGCCAUGAUCUCAUAUUCUUUGUUCAUCUUGAUUUUGUUUAUGAACAAAUGCACUGGCACAAUGGGAAGGAGCAUUAACCUUGUUCCUGAGCAGUUUGGGUGCUGGUAAAGUUGUUGUGAUUCAGUCCUUGAGGCUCAUCACAUAGUGCUUUUGGGAAGAGAUGCUGAUCACUGGGAGAAGGACAAGGUCACUGGGCUGCAGGGUACUUAAAAUGGAGAGGUGGUUAUUAGCAGUCUUCAGUCAAGUGAGUUAUUGAGAGUUCUUUUGCUGAAAGGGCACUGGGAAAUUUUUCAUAAUGAUUGUACAGCUGACAUUUAGCCAGUGACAUUUUUUCCACUUCAAAUUGAUUUCUGCUUCCCUGUUGCACCAUGCUGGCUGUUUGCAGCAUGAGGAAAAUGUAUUUCAUGCUGAAUUGUCCCAGUUCUGUUGAAUGCAAAUGGUGUGUGCAUCUAAAUGAGAAGGGGGCCCAGCUGAUAGCUUGGUUCCUUGAAGUGCUGCUGAAAUACCUGCAAAAAUGCUAAACACAGCAUUUGAUGAGAAAAGUGAAUUUGUUGUCUCAAACAUUUUAAAUUAUUUUGCUGAAAAAGAUGUUUAAAUCCUCA